AUGGUCAACCUGGAACCCGGACGCGACUACUAUGCAGAUUUAGAAAUCACGCCCCAGGCCAAUGCAAAUGAUGUGAAAAAGCAAUUCAAGAAACUUGCUCUGAAAUACCAUCCGGAUCGCAACCCAGGUCAAGAGGCAGAGUACAACGCCAAAUUCCAGGCCAUCUCGGCCGCAAACGAAGUCCUCACCGACCCAGCGCUGCGUGCCAAGUUCGAUGCACAACGAUUCAGAGAAGGGCCCCCGAGACCAUUCAGCAACCCACAAACGCGACCUGAUGUCCCACCUCGAACUCGUGCUACAAAUUUCCCACCACCACCCAGGGCUCCACCACCUCCUGCUAGCAAGCCGCAGCCUUCUUCUGGGGCGCGAAGAUAUGAUAAUUUUGCUCGUGCGAAUGCCGGCUGGGGUGCUACAGAUACUGAUGAUGUCCGAGGGAAGGCGAACGAUUUUAAAGCUUGGGAGCAAAUGAGACAUGGGCAAGGGCCACUACCAAAGAGUCGUCCACCACCCUCAAGGUCUCCACGGAGGACUACGUUCGAGCCUAAGCACACAUCCCCGCCUGGAAGAGCGUCGAAUGGCCCUACAUCCAGGGUUCGGCGCACAUGGGAAGAUCUGAAAGAUGCGGGAAUGCCUUAUUUAGGCAAAACGCAGUCGAAUCGCCCGGCUGGUAGGAAAAGUGGGCCUGAGGACGAGAAGCAGACGCAGUCUGCAUUUUCGAAUACCUUCAAUGGCGAUCAUCCUACCAAGUCACCUGAAAUGGCCCCACCACCCCGACCCCGACACGCCGUACCACCACGACACGAUCCAGCGAACCUGCACGGCCGAGAGCACGUAGCAUCAUCGAACCAUACUUCUGCUCGUCCUCGAAUGCAAUAUAAAAAUGCCGGAGGCGAGAGGACCUUCCUUGCGAGUCCUGCAAUACACAGAUCUGCAACGACCGCUACGCCUAGAGAUGCAAGAGAUCAGACUGGCUUCAAGGACAGGCGCUCUGCAAAUUUUAAUGGCGACCACCAUCACUCCGCAUCUGCUGGUGCUGCCACCUAUGAAGCUCCGUUUAGAUCAUCCAAUGUGUCUUCGGCAACUACUUCAGCUACCACCUCAUCCGACGAUGAGGAUGAAGAACCGUUCUACGGAAAAGCGCCAGAGCACAGAGAGCACAGAAUACCAAGGUCCAGAAAAGCUCGUAUGCCGGCUGGGGCUGGUAUACGCAUGAGAUCGGGGUUCUCUCCGCAUGUCCAUGACGGCAAUCAGGACGAAGGACAAGCACCCCACCCAGGCUACGCAGAUUUCAGGAGACACUCCGGCAUUGAUCUACCAACGCAGAGCUCUUUUUCAGACCAGCCAGGGGGCUUUGCUGCUCAUCGGACAAGACAGGAUUCUUUUCAGAACGGGCCGCAAUCAGCAAAGUCACCCGCUAAUGACAGUCUAAACGAUCGGUUUCCCCAGCGGCAUAAAAGCUUCGAUGAUAGUUUUGAGAUGCCUGAUCAUAGCAAACCGUCUACGACAACAUCACCACGAGAUUCUCCAAGCUCAGAAGCUGUUAAUAUGAGAUUUUCGGUCUCUGGAUCUCCGCCAAAGUUCGGCAAUCAUAACCCAUUCUCCCAUCACAAAGCUACCGCUGAAGACGGCGAAAAUGCGGAUGAAUUUUUGGACGACGAAGAGACUUCUCCAACCGACACACGUGUACCAAAUGAGCGUGAAGCUGGCACUGAUAUUCCACCACCGCCAAAGGUAGGUGACAAAUGGUCGGCCGAAGAUUGGGAGAGGAGGUUUGGGGUGCAUACAUUUGACAUACCCGCAAGUGGUCCAAACAGUCGUGCGACAAGUAGAAAAAGAUCAGGCACUCCUAAAUCAUCGUCCCUCAACAAUCUCCGACGGACGGCGUUCCGCUCAAGCGGUUUCCAGCCUACUGUCGCCGACGACAGUGAUGAGCCGAGUGCCUCUGAGCCUCCGCCAACUGAAAGUCUCAACCGCAGCACGAAUAAUUCACGCACAAGUAACGCCAGUGAUGGAAGUGCUAUGGAUAUCGACUCUACCCCUCCAGCCUCAUCUAACAGUAAGCCUGUGAAGACCGGUCAAGCUUCCCCACUGGGUACACAUCGGGAUUCCCAAUCUACCGUUACAGCAUCACCGCCAAAAACCAAUGGAGACUCUCAGAGACUGAAUCUCGGUGACUUUAGACAUGUCGCUCCUUUCGCCACCAAUCAAAGUGGACUCAAUGGCAUCGGCGAUCUAAAUGAUUUCCUACCCUUUGAGUCCAGACCGUCACCCAUACGACCCGACUUUACCAAAUGUACUAAACCUCUUGAGUUACCCAAGCCUCCCAAAGCACCUUCGCCCCCACAGACCCUCAAUGACGAGACUUGGAACACCUACGUAGAGAAAAUGAAUUGGUAUCUGUUUCAUUGGAAUAGCUUCAACCAGAACAUGAUAUUGCUGUUUCAGCAGCGCCAAGAGGACCGUCGAGAGAUCGGUCCUUCGUGGAUCGUUCAAAUGGGUGGGGAUUGUGAAGCCUAUCUGGAGUGUUUGAAAGAGGAAGAGAAGGCUAGAAAAUGGUGGGACGUGGCCACUGACUACCAUAAGGAGUCUAUGACGAAUCUGAAAAAUGUCCGAGAAAGGGUGCUCAAAGCCAAGGGCCAGGCAUGA